CAGCUGUUGAGGCAACUGCUGACUAUCUCGGUACAAGGGUAGCUCGUUUGUCAUACCUGAAGUCAGCCGAAGCAAACAGAAAAACCUUUAUUUACUGGGUCCCUAAAGGUGAACGAUAAAGCUCAGCAAACCAUGCAGGAUGAUUUACUGAUGGACAAAAACAAAGCUCAGCCUCACCAUCAGCAAGAUCAAGUAGACCCUCCUCCCUCCACACCGACACCGUCAUCGGAGCCCACUUCUUCUUCAUCGGAGUCGGAGAGCCCGUCAGCCGGGAGCAACCCCGCGGCUUCAGCGCUCGGCAGCAGUAAGGACAAAGUGCCGAUGGAGUCGCCGAUCCUGCCCGGGCUGAGCUUCCACCAGGAGACCGGCGGACCCCUGUCUUCUCCUUCCUCCUCUUUUGGGAGCACUUGGUCCACGGGAACCACGAACGCCGUGGACGAUAGCUUUUUCCAGGGAAUACCCUCUGUGAACGGGACCAUGCUUUUCCAGAACUUUCCCCACCACGUCAACCCGGUCUUCGGGGGGAAUUUCUCCCCGCAGAUCGGCGUGGCCCCGCAGAGCCAGCAGCAUCAACAGCAGCAGCAGCAGCAGCAGCAGUCCCAGCAGAGGAGGUCCCCGGUCAGCCCCAGCCAAGGCCCCUUCCCCCAGAGAAACGCUUAUCAGACCAUCAUGAACAACAGUAAAGGCUCGUCGUCCUCUUCGGCCCCUUCCUCCGCUUGGAAUAAUCACCAGAACGCCGCGUGGAGCACAGCCUCCAACCCCUGGAGCGGGCUGCAGGCGGGCAGGGACCCGCGCAGACCGGUGGGUGUCGGGGUAGGGGUCGGAGUAGGAGUCGGUGUCGGGGUGCCGUCACCCCUGAACCCCAUCUCUCCAAUGAAAAAGCCCUAUUCCAGCAAUGUUAUAGCACCCCCUAAAUUUCCCAGACCGGGUCCUCUCACCCCAAAACCCUGGAUGGAGGACAGCGCCUUCAGGACUGACAACAGCAACAACAUACUGCCUUUCCAGGACCGGAAUCGGCCCUUCGAUGCGUUUAGCUUGCACUCUUUGGAGAAUUCCUUAAUGGAUAUGAUAAGGACUGACCACGACAAAGGUAAACCACACCCAGCCGGUGGCCCACCAAUGACUAUCGCUGAUAUUAUAUGGAGGAAUCAUUUUGCAGGACGUAUGGGCCUCAACUUCCACCAUCCUGGAGCAGACCACAUAAUGCCAUUAAACACAGCCCGGAGCUAUGGCCGCAGAAGAGGUCGUUCCUGUCUGUUUCCAUUUGAAGAUGGUUUCCUCGACGACGGCCACGGUGACCCCUCCCUGACUCCGGGCCUGAACUCGCCGACCCGCUGCCAGAACGGAGAGAGGAUGGAGCGCUACUCCAGGAAAGUGUUUGUGGGAGGCCUCCCCCCUGACAUAGAUGAAGAUGAGAUCACCAACAGUUUCCGACGUUAUGGACACCUGGUGGUCGACUGGCCCCACAAAGCUGAGAGCAAGUCCUACUUCCCCCCUAAAGGUUAUGCCUUCCUGCUGUUCCAGGAGGAAACAUCUGUCCAGGCCUUGAUCGACGCUUGUAUCGAGGAGGAUGGAAAACUCUACCUGUGUGUGUCCAGUCCCACCAUCAAAGACAAACCGGUCCAGAUCCGUCCCUGGAACCUGAGCGACAGUGACUUUGUCAUGGACGGCUCUCAGCCUCUGGACCCCCGCAAGACCAUCUUUGUGGGAGGUGUGCCACGGCCCCUGCGUGCAGUGGAGCUGGCGAUGAUCAUGGAUCGGCUGUACGGAGGUGUUUGCUACGCUGGCAUCGACACUGACCCAGAGCUCAAAUACCCAAAGGGAGCCGGCCGGGUAGCCUUCUCCAACCAGCAGAGCUACAUCGCCGCCAUUAGCGCCCGCUUCGUCCAGCUGCAGCACAAUGAUAUCGACAAAAGGGUUGAGGUGAAGCCGUAUGUCCUGGACGACCAGAUGUGCGAUGAGUGUCAGGGGGCUCGCUGUGGGGGGAAGUUUGCCCCCUUCUUCUGUGCCAACGUCACCUGCCUGCAGUAUUACUGCGAGUACUGCUGGGCCAGCAUCCACUCGAGGGCUGGCCGAGAGUUUCACAAGCCGCUGGUGAAGGAGGGGGGCGACCGCCCGAGACACGUGUCCUUCCGCUGGAGCUGAGGGGGGGUCACUAGUCCAGCUCUGCCCCGGUGAACCCACACCCGACCCCCUCCCCCCAAAAAAACAACCUCCUGCACCCCUCCUACCUUACAGGCCGGGUCAGCGCUGCAACAGCCCACAUACCCCCACCUUGCCCACCUCCCCUCAAACACCUCAUGAAAAAGAUGCGGUCAAUCACACAGGACGGUCCUCACCCCCCCAUUCUGAACUCAGCGUGUCCCCUCUGAUGAAGCACUGUGGGGACACAAAUGUCUAUCAGCGCUAAAUUUGCACUUUGGCACAAAUCUCACUAAACACAAACACAGGAUGGUCUGUUAGACACCUGUCUGCUGUGGACUGGGUGCUGUGGUACGUCCUGUUGGACCCCCCUGACCCCCAUCCUCCACCCACCCUUACUGAGACAGAGGUGGGACCAUUUAAAUAUUUAAAAAAGUAUAUAUUUUUUGUUUUCUACCUAUCUAUUCCUAUAUAGAUAAUUUAAAUUUUAUGUAAAGGAGCAUGCACUUCUUUUGAAAAGCUGUAGUUCUAUUGGCCCUAUCCUACCAAAGGUAAUUAAAAUAAACUGAAAAGAUAAACGGGAGGCAUAUGAUGUAGCAACAACUAUCCAUAGUGUGAGUACAAAUAACAACAUGGCUAUAUUCACUCUCAAUUCACUCUGAAAAUAUUAAUACCUCAUACAUGGAUUAGUUUGCUUUCAAUUUCUAGGUCUUUAUUUUUAUAAUAACAUUAUUUUCUAGUGUUAUGUAAAUGUAAUGCUGCAAUAGCUUUGCUGCUAAAUCCAUGGUAUAACCAGAUACCAUCCGUACUUUCUGGGUGUAGAAUAAUCAAUAACAGACCCAGAGAAGCACCUGGCAUCAACUAGCUAU